AUGGGCGGACUGGGGGUGCUGACCGUCAUAGUUGACGGGCCACACGUGCCCUCAGGGUCAGAGGUCCCACAGAUCGUGAUCAAGCAGGAGGAAGUGCCGACGCGUUUAGAGGACAUUGGAGAACCGGGAUACUUCAUUCAGAUGCGACAGCGCGUGAAGACCAGCACGCCGCCUGGAGCGCGGUCAUUACGCGAAGACGCAGAUGAGGAGGCCACACCGCGUGAACAAUGCUCUCGCGAGGCACGAGACACGGACACUGCCCCGACCACCCCGACUCGCCUGCGCACGGUAAUCAAACCGACUGGUAAAAGCACCAGCAUCAGCCACAGGGCCCAGGCACGCCGCGCGCAGCUCAUGCCGCCCCCAAACCCCGAGCGCGAGGGCGAUGCGAUGGCUGCCGCUCCCGAAACCACCGGCCUCCAUUCUAUGGAGUUGCGGAACACUACGCCCCAAGUGCAAGAGGAGCGCGCCCCUGCCGCAACCAUCCGCACACCCUUUGCCCCCACGCAUUACGGUGCUGCCGGACUCGACCCCCACAACCUGAACAUGUACUACCACCCGUCUCCGUACCAGAACCUGGCGGCGCCGCUGCGCUCGCGAGCCCCAUCCAGCGUCUCACGUGCAGACCUCGCAGGACCCUCCGCAGAGCCCCUUGCACCUCCCUCCAAAGUGGCAUCAACAUCCUCGCGAGUCGCAUCUACAGCCCCGCGCUCGCGGGCGUCCUCCAACGCGUCACAUAUCCAUCCCACCGAUCCCGCUGACCCUCUGCGCUACAAAAGCACCUUAGCCCCCCCCGGUCCAAGCGACAUGCCGGGCUGGACCGUCCUCCAGGUGGCGGAUCCCCAGCCCCUACUUCCACAACGGCAAGCCCUUCCUUGCAGACCCUUAACACCCCCUCCUAGCGACAGCCAGCCCUCCAAGAGGGCCCUCGAGCCUACGCCCAAGGCGACGAGUACGCAGGAGGACCCAUCCACGGAUGUGCCUAGCGCGCAGCAAGCAGGCACCGCGGACAAUGCAGCGGCAAGUGCUGCCGGUUCCCCUAUGGAUGAGUCUGGCGACAACGCGGUGCAUGACACCUCCCACGAUGGCAGCCCGGAGUGGGAUGAGGUGCCUGGCAUGUCGUAUGAAGAGGCCGCAGAGGCUGAAGAGCAAGCCCUACAAGAGCAAGCUGACGACGACGUGUUCGGCACCCCAGGGCGACUCUCGGACGACGUGCGCCAGAUCCUGCGGACAGGGUUUGCCAAGAUGAAUACCAUCGUGGAGCAAGUCAGCAAGGACUCUGGGCUGCCAGCGGCGCGUGUCCAGGCGAUGUUCGGACAACAACACGCCCGCGUGAACACCGCCCGCAACCACUGGAACAUCUACGGCCGCUACUUCAAGAUGAACCAGGCGCAAGAAUGCAAGCGUCUCGGCCUAGAUGCUCCUUUGGCAGAUACCGUCGAAAUCCGCUCCAAGACGUACGCGCUAUUCAAAGAAGCGCACGCCGACAUCUGGCGCGACAUCCUCGAGACCUUCGAGGAGGUCGAAGUGUGGGCGGCGAAUCACACUGUCGGCCAGCGCAAGCGCGACUUUGCGAAGGCAGUCGCCAAGAUGAGGCAGCUCGUAAGUGCCUACAUCAUGAGCUGCGACAACCUCGCGCUGCGAUACGACUUCUCCACAGCAUUCCUGAUGGCAGGCAAUCUCGUCAAUACGGACACGGGCCUGGCGCAGCUCUAUGAGACUGCGACGGCAAAAAAUUUUCUGAGCACCUAUCUGCGGGGCAACGAAGACACAUCCCUCGCACACUUCAAGUCUUAUUUAUAG